UGAAAUCACAAGUCCUGGGCAGUCAUGUCCAUUUGAGGAACUUAAAGAAAAUCACUCUGAUGUCUGGCUCUAAGCUUAUGAGUGGAAACCAAUCCUUCUGCACCAGAUUCACAUUUGUGGCAUUUUCCUCUCUAGCAGAGUUACAACCCGUGCUCUUCAUUGUGUUCUUAAUCAUUUACCUGUUUACUGUGGGAGGAAACCUCAUCAUCAUCUGCCUGAUCUGGGUCACCCCUUCCCUGCACACUCCCAUGUAUUUCUUCCUGGUUAACCUCUCCUUUCUGGAGAUGUGCUAUAUCACCAGUGUUGUGCCUCAGAUGCUGGUCCACCUGCUUAUGGAGAUCAAGACCAUAACUGUGGGAGGCUGUGCAGCUCAGAUGUAUGUGUUUACCAUCCUGGGACUGACAGAAUGUUGCCUGCUAGCGGCCAUGGCUUAUGACCGCUUUGUAGCUAUUUGUUACCCAUUGCAUUACUCUCUCCUGAUGAGCCCGCAUGUGUGUUUGAAAUUGGCUGCAGCAUCUUGGACCACUGGGGUGGUGGUGGAGUCAAUCCAGACCACCUGGAUCUUCACUCUGCCCUUCUGUGGAACAGGAAAGAUUCAGCACUUUUUUUGUGACAUCAUGCCUGUAGUGAAACUGGCUUGUGUUGAUACCUCCCGUAAUGAGAUUGUGAUGUUUGCUGUCUCCGUGCUCUUCAUUAUGAGUCCCUGUUUUCUCAUUCUGUGCUCCUAUGUGCGCAUUUUUGUGACCAUCUUGAGAAUCCCUUCAACAGCUGGCAAACGCAAAGCUUUCUCCACUUGUUCUUCUCACAUCCUGGUGGUUUCUCUGUUCUAUGGCACUGCCCUGUUCACUUAUCUCCAACCUAAGACUGCACACACUCCAGAAACUGACAAAGCAACCGCCCUCAUGUAUACAGUUGUCACACCUGCUCUGAAUCCUGUUAUCUAUACCUUGAGGAACAAGGAAGUAAAGGAAGCCUUUCAAAGAGUAACACAAAGGAACUCUCUUAGACAAACGGCCUAAACCAGGCAUAGUAAACAAACUAUUGUACAGAGAGGUUACCCAAGGUUUUAUGAUCCCUCUACAAAUAUAUUUUUUCAUUUAAGUAUUUAUAGCAUAGUAAUCAGAACACA